AAGCUCCGCUGUCUAUGUCGGAGUCCGUGUGAUUUUUUUCAUUUUUAUGUGUUAGUGUACCCCUCGCGCGGUGUAGUUCACUUUUUCUACUAUAGAUCUGAAUUUCAGUCUCGUUUUUGCCGCGUCGGUCUAAAGGCGGGCGAGCGGGCGCACUGCGGAGCUUGUGAUGGUAGCAGCUCGAGCCGAGCACAGUUGACCGACGACGCCGGUGUUAUCACUCGCCACGGGCAGCACAUGUCCUGAGGAGCGGGCUCGGCGCACUGCAGGCCGGUGCACGCGAACCGCCGUGCGAGCGGGACAGCGGCCCAUCACGUGUGGACCCGCCACCAUUUGUAUACCACACUCAAAUAUUGAGCAGAAAAAAAUCUCGUAAUUUGGAUCCUAGUAACGCCGUUCGGCAUUUAUAAUUUUACCGCGGGGUGAGGAGCACGGCUCGCGGCGCGUCCCGACCGGCGUUUUUUUUUUUUAAAUGUUUAUUUGCGCGGCGCACGUGGAUUUUUGUAAUAAUUUUGGCUGUACGGCCGCGGACUGUUGCCUUACGUGUUGUGACGUUAGUGUUACCCUUAUUAUGUGAUAUUUAGUGACAUUACAAGGAACAAACUGUGAUUUAUUAUGGUGAUAUAGUUGGAAACGAGAAGAUAUUUGGAUAGCGACAGCCCAAUGAAAACGGUGGAUCUCGGAACAAUUCCAUGACAUAGAGAGAAAAAGCGACAAAGACACGUAUUUUUAUAAGGAUAGUGCCAAAAGAGAAACAAUUUUUAAGCAAAUUUUUUGUAUAGAUAGAUAACAUUUUUAAUAAACAAAAUGAUGGAAGGCAGGACCAUCGACUACAGGCCGGACGGGGGGGGCCUGGACUACCACAAUUCCCCAUUAAUGGCGGAGAUCCCUGUGGACAAUUACUCGCACAUACACAGAAGUAUAGAACACUUAAGAUCCAUAGUACCGCCACCAUUGGAUCAUCACAGACAUUUGGCGACGAACCUGGCGGACUUACGAAGGUACGAGCACCCUGAUGAGAUGCCGGAGAUAAAGCCAUCGGUGCUGAGGCUGAGUGAGUUCAAGAGUGGGCUGCAGGACAUGAGGCACGAGCAGGAGAACGAAGGCCACAGACAGCUGACGCCGCAGGAUGAGGGGCCGAAGGGAUACAGCGCGCCGUCGACGCCGCUAUCAGAAAAUGGGGGGCAGGCAGUCCACGAGGAGAAGGUGUUCGGAUCGAAGGCGGAUCUUCAACUGCACACACAGAUCCACCUGCGGGAGGCCAAGCCGUAUCGCUGCACGCAGUGUCCUAAGGCGUUCGCUAACUCUUCGUACCUCGCGCAGCACUCCCGGAUCCACCUCGGCAUUAAGCCGUACCGCUGCGAGAUAUGCCAGAGGAAGUUCACCCAACUAUCUCACCUGCAGCAACACAUCCGCACGCACACCGGAGACAAGCCCUACCGGUGCACACAGAUCGGCUGCACCAAGGCGUUCUCCCAACUCUCCAACCUGCAGAGCCACAGCCGCUGCCACCAGACUGACAAGCCUUUUAAAUGCAACUCGUGUUACAAAUGCUUCACGCACGAAAAGGAUCUGCUCGAGCACAUCCCCAAACACAAGGAGUCGAAGCAUCUGAAGACGCAUAUCUGCCAGUACUGCGGCAAGAGUUAUACCCAGGAGACGUAUUUAAGUAAACACAUGAACAAGCACGCGGAGAGGGCUGACAAGCGGCCACCGAUCUCCGCGUUGGGCUUGAGCGGAUUGAACAGGUCUCUUGGAGCCGCGGCGCCGACUGCCGCGCCCUUCGCCGAGCACCCGUACUGGCCGAAAGUGAGCCCCGACUCCGCAGCACACAUGUCGGACGAAGGCGGCUACCACCAGCAGCGCGAAAGCGACGAGCACCACGAGCAACAGUUGCAGCAGCAGCGCGCGCUGUUCGCGCAGCACGAGAGCCAGGAUGACCGGAUCCAACCGCCAGUGUCAUCGGCUGCUAACUCCGCGUUCACGCCGAUCAACUCAAUGGGGCCGCACCUGAAUGGUCUGUCGCACCACAGCGCGCUGCCGACGCGGCCGUAUCUCUACGACCCGCUGCACUUCCAGCAGGGCAAGCAGCAGCCCAACUCGUUCCCCAACCAGUUGAUCUCGCUGCACCAGAUCCGGAACUACGCGCACCAGCCGUCGGCGCUGCUGCCCGCCGAGCACAUCCUUCCUCACGCCCUCUCGCACAAAGAUAAACAGUAAUGUAACUUGCCGUUUCCCUAGGUACACUAAUUUAGUACUUAUGAUGGUAUUACUAGUAUAUAAAAUUAACGAAAUAUUAAAUGAACGUCUAGAACUCACAGUCGCCACACUCGGAGUGUGCGGAGAAAUUGGUUUUGCGUUAGCGAAAUUAAUCCCAAGGUUUUUAGGUAUUAAUACGUGUAAUACUCUGAAUUUUGUGAGUAGAUAACAAAAUUUACCGGGUAUUUGAUGUGAUUUCAAAGACUUUUAUUAUUUUUAAAUGGUUUACUGAUUGAUUUUAUUGAACACAAGUUAUAACCCGCUGUGUCUUCAGUUCGAUCGUCUGUUUUAUUAUACUUAAACUAUAUACUACAUGUUAGAUGAUUGCCGAUCGAACUCUCGGCACAACGGAGGGAAAUAAUCAUUGUAUGUAAAGUUUUAUAAAAAAUAACCAUUGGUAUCAUGGAAGCAAUAUCUCUUGCGAAGACUUGGCCUAACGUAAGUUUUUCUCGAUACAUCAUAAUAUAAAUUUUAUGAAUAAAAUAAAUUUUACCCAGUGGCGUAUACACGAUAUAAGAAUUUUAAAUGCCAAUUAUAAUUUUAAUUUGUUGAUAGGAACAAAGACAGAAGUCUUUUACAACGUUAUAUCUAAUAAAAUAUUUAUGGAAUAUCUGAAUUUGCUUCCGACACAUACAAACUCGAUAGUUCCUGACGCAACAAUUAUUUUGGAGUGAUAAGGGGAUAACGGAUUGAAAUCACAAUAUAUCAUUAUUCUGUUGCAUUUUACUUACUUUAAGUGUCUUACUACCGAUCUCUGAGACAUCACACACUGACGCACUCAGUUCCUAAUUAGAUCAUAUAUUAUAAUUUAGCUUUAUCUAUCGUACAAAUUAUGGUGAAAUUAAUGGCAUUGUGAAGGGCUGAGCACCUCAAACUUUAAGGAAUAUUGGCAUGUCGGCAAUAGAUCAUUCUUCGGCUUAUACACAGGUGUGGGUUGAUAUUGUAAAAGAUAUUAUUAUACGUAGGUUGUGAAAAGAAUGAGAAAGUUGUCUGAAAUUAAAGCAUAAUGGAAAGAAUUUAAUUAUUUUCCAGAAGAGAAUGGCGCGACUUUUUGUUCGUCGCAGGCUUGCCUACUAAAAUGUAAUUUACUCUGCCAUUUAUUUCACACUAAACUAAAUCUUUUAGUAUUUCCACGCAGAAAAUGUGGUCUUCCUUCAGAUUUUAAAAUAUCAAUAUAUUUAUUCUAUAAGAAACCUGAAGAUCGAACAUGUUUUCUUGAUUAUUUUUUGUAUAAAUAUCAGAUUGAGUGGCCAAAAUCUUUUUCGUGGUGUAAUGAAGGCGCAUUUUUUUGUAAAUAUCAUUGUAAAUACGAAUUUUUGAGAACAUCUUGGAAUUUAUUGUUUUUUUUUGUUAACUUAAGUCUAAAAUGCUUAUGCUCAAUUACGUAGUUAGGCUCAGCUCGGGUUAUAGGAGUGGAUAUAAAAAAUUGUAUCAUAGUAUUCCUUUUUUUCAUGUACUUAAUUGGCCUUUGACCUUUGGAUUAUUUGGGACCGUGGCGGAAAUCCGCACCGGCCGUGCGGAUGAUCCCUCAUCGCAUAAUCAUUUUGUAUUAAUUGAUAAUUAUUUUUAUUAAUUUUCUUUACUACGUGUACAAAUGCCCCGCAUUCAUUCUCAUCCGCAUCGGUCCUUUUAGAAUAGUUUCACGUAUACGAACAAAAAAUCGUUGAUUUUGUGUUUUUUCGAUAUUUUUUUUAAAACGUAGCGGUAAAAUAAAAAAAAAAUGUGAUAGGAGAUGGAACGGGGAGUAAUAUUUUUGGAGGCAAAUUGACUUGAUUUUGAUUUGCUGAUGUUAAGUUAAAAAAUGUUAGGUUGUGGUUAAGUAGGUUGAUACCGUCUGUCUGUCACAAAUGUAGCCAAAUCUAUGUUUUCUUGUAUAAAAUGUUUUUUUUUUUUAAUAUAGUGAUCACGGCAAUACAUGAUUCUUCCGAAUUGUUGAUUAGUAAUCGCACAUUUUAAUGUAUAUUAAACGUAACAUGACAAUGAUCCAAGAGUUAUAUCCAAAUUUUUUUUAUCUCUGGUAUUUAAGGGAAAAAAUUUGAAACGCCAAUAUCUCUCUAUUGUAAGUAGAAAUGUGAUAUUGUAAUAUUUUUUUUUUUUGUUUUAAGUUAAUUGUAAUCUUAUGAAUACGAAUAUUUUUGUAAGUAAUUUUUUUUCUCGUUUUAAAUAAGUUUCGCUUAUUUAGCGUUCUCGGUUUUAGAUUUAUAGAGAAAUGAAACGAAAAUCUUUUUUGUUACUUAAAAUCGAUUAAAAAUUAAUUAAAACUAUGCCAAGAAUUAUUA